CUGAUAUCGCGAGAACACCCUCUUGUCCAUCAUGGCGGAGGGAUAGGUCCACUCGAAUAUCGCUUGUUGCUCCCAAUUUUUCUGCGAAUUUCUCACUCUUGCUCGCCCUCCAAACGUCCAAGAUGAGCGAGCCGGGUCAAGCAGGGACCAGGUUCGCCGACUACUUCGUGGUUUGCGGUUUAGACGUUGCAUCAGGCUUGGAACCGGACCAACUACAAGGGAGAAAUGAAGAAGGAGAUCAGACAGCCCACAACCUUCAGCUGACCCCCCUGGAAAGGUCGUACAACUCCAAGGUCCUGGCACAUUACCCCGACAACGUUGUGUGGAACCCCUUUGAUGAGAGUGCUGUUGGCAUGCUCUGCCUUCCGAAGGGUUUGUCAUUCCGUACGGAGAACGAGAGACGGGAAACCCGCUUCCACUCCUUCAUCAUCACGCGGGAGGACGGCAGCCGCACGUAUGGAACCUCCUUCACUUUCUACGAGAAAGUCGUGGACAAACAGAUCUGUGAAGCCAUGCAGACCCUCUUCGCCAUGCACCAGGCCGAACUCAGUAACCGCCAGUCUCGCACCGUCUUUCCCCUCAUGGACCGCACCCCGCCCGAAAUCGGGGACGAGAACGAGAGAUACGUGCCCAGAACUUACGACAUAACCUCCGACACUUUGUACGUCACCAAGAGUAUAUGCCUUAUAACACCACUGCCUUUCAUCCAAGCUUGUAAAAGAUUCCUGGCCCAGUUGUAUGAAGCAAUAUCGUCCAAAUCCCAACCCCCGCUCCCCGUAGAAAGCUACGUUUACAACGUUUUGUACGAAGUCCCGCUGCCGCCGCCGGGUAGGAGUUUACAGUUCAACGGCGCAAAGGGCUCCAUCACGUGUCACCGCCCCAGUGCUAGCGAGCUGCCGCUGUUCGACUUCCACAUACGAGAGAUGUUCAUGCUCCUUGGGGUGGACAGUGUACUACAGCUGUGGACCUGUGCUCUCUUGGAAAAACAUAUACUGCUGUAUUCACAAGACUACCAUCGCUUGAUGCUGCUAGCGGAGAGUCUGAGCGUGCUGCUGUUCCCGUUCACGUGGCAGCACGUGUACGUCCCCAUCCUGCCCGCAUCCCUGCUGCACUUCCUGGACGCACCCGUCCCCUACAUCAUGGGUCUGCACCACAGCGGCAGGGACGACAGGUCCCAGCUACAGUUGCCUCACGAGGCCUCUCUCUGUUUUGUGGACAUUGACAACCACACAGUGGAGCUGCCCGAGGACCUCCCACAGUUUCCCAAGAAACUGGACGUCCUCCAAGAAAUCUCGGAGAUCCUGGUCCGCAGCAACGUGCCUCUGGAACCGGGGAUGAACCCGCCCAGUCGUAGCGACUCCGGCUGCCAUCUCAGCGACGAUGGUCGCACCGGAAGCCCCGCCCACACCACAACCCUCAGUAAACGCGACAUUCUAGAAAGCAGCGAAGCCAUCGCGAAAAUCACCGCCAUCGCUCAGCGGAUGGGCGUGAGUCACACGAUCAGCGACAUCGCGAAAUCUCUCCCGGAGAUCGCUGCAUUUGACAAGAAACCGAAGGUCGAUCACGAUCUUGAAGACAUGAAACUGAACGCUGCGUUACGAGAAAUCUUCUUGCACAGAAUAGCAUCCUUGUUGCUUGGUUACGAGUCGUUCGUCAUCCAACCAAACGGUGACCUGGAGUCGUGGUUUAGUAACAGGGAGCAGAUGACGAACUUCGACAAAGCAGCGUUCUUGUCGGACCAACCGGACAUCUACUUGCCUUUUUUGUCGCCUUUCAUUGAGACACAGAUGUUUGCAACCCUUGUGGACAACAAGAUUAUGGCAAACUGGGAGCCUAUCGAUGACAACUUGAAGAUUUUUGACGCCAAAAUCGAGAACAUCAAGUCAUCCAGAAACUCCCACAUCAGAAUGUCCAACCCGGACAGAUCCAUCAUGGUGGAGAUACAAGACUCGGAACGAGCCAUCACGGAGAAGUGGAACAAAGUGGACCACAUGGCCGUGCACCCCCACCUCCUCAGUAUGAAGAUCGGACAGGGCAGACACGAUCCCGGCUUCUUCCCUGAACUUCAAGCUGACGUUAUGUGCUACGAAUCGGGCAAUAACAGUGCGUUGCAAGAUGCUUAUUCCAGCUUCUUUCUCAGUCCACAUGCUGACGAAAUCGAGUGGGAUGACUACAGAUAUACCAGGAGAAACAUGCGGCAGCAGUGGAGACGUAAGGAGAGGAUGACCCAACACUCCCAGCACCUGGCCAUGAGCACAGAUCAACGAGAGAAAUACAUCCAAGAGGCUCGCAGUAAGUUGCUGAGACAGCCCAAACUGUCGGACAUGUCACCUGCCGUCAUCGCUCAGACCAACUGGAAAUUUGUGGAGGGGCUUCUCAAGGAGUGUAAAGUCAAGACAAAGAGGAUGCUUGUAGAGAAGAUGGGUUCGGAGGCGGUGGAGCUCGGACACGGUGAGACGUCGUUACGUGCGAUGGAGGAGAACACGCUGAUCGCCAGUCUGUGCGACCUGCUGGAGAGGAUCUGGAGCCACGGGCUGCAGACCAAACAGGGGAAGUCUGCCCUGUGGUCUCACCUGAUGGCUUAUCAGGAGAUGGAGGAGACCAGAGACAGGUCACCUGAGAGCAGCGCUCUCUCACCUGGCACAGACUACAACCUGCGCCCACCAACUGAUUAUGAUGAAGAGGAAGGCAGUCAUGAUGAGGAACACAAAUCUCACAAACCCAAAAAGAAAAACCCUUUUAAGAGAAGGUCUAGGAAAAGGAGUGAUGAGAGUGACAAGGUGAUGAUUAGGACAAGCCGCAGCACUUUACAAGUUCCCAGUCCCAUGAUGGACAGGAGGAGGCGGAGUAAGUCACCUGACCCUAUCAGCCUCCUGCCGGCCAUGAAGCAAACAGUUGUCCAGGACAUGAGGAGCAUCCAGUCUAUGAAGGAGAUCAAGACAGACGUGGGGUUUGCUCGGACGUGGGUGAGGCUGUCUAUAGAGAAGAAGAUGCUAUCUGCACAUCUCAAGGAGUUACUGGCUGAUCAGGAGCUUCUCAAGUCUCGCUACAAGAGGUACGCUUUCCUGCGCUCGGAGGAAGAGAGAGAACAGUUCCUGUACCAUCUCCUGUCGCUCAACGCCGUCGACUACUUCUGUUUCACCAACUGCUUCACUGCAACAGUGAUUCCGUACCGCAUGGUGAUCGUGCCCAGCCGUAAGUUUAACGCCUCCACCACCACAGCCAACCCCUGGAUGUGUCUGGCUGGGGAGAUGAGCGACACGGGAAUGAUACAGCUGCCCAAACAUGCGCUGGAGAUGACCUUUGAGCAUAAGAACCUGGGCCUCCUGACCACCCUGCGUAUCGGCCAUGACAACAGCGGACUAAUGCCCAAGUGGAUGGUGGAAUACAUCCUGGUCAGGAACGAGGUCACAGGUCACACGUACAAGUUCCAGUGUGGACGGUGGCUGGGGAAGGGAGUGGAUGAUGGUAGUCUGGAGAGACUGUUGGUCGGAGAACUACUUAGAAAACCUGUCGACACAGAAGUAGUUCGGACUUCUUGGGUGCACCAGCUUCCCUCGCCUAUCGAAGAGCUGCUGAAGAAAUGCCGGACACCACCCGGAUCCCGAUCCAGGUCACCCGUGGGGAUCGACUUACCCAAAAUCAGACUAGCCUUGCCACAGAUACAGGAGAUGGUGGGGGAUGCUGUCAACAACAUCGUCAAACACUUCUACAAACCAGAGAAGGAGAGAGGCAGCCUGACCCUACUCCUGUGUGGUGAGAAUGGGCUAGUGGAGUCUCUGGAACAGGUGUUCCUGUACGGCUUCAAGUCUUCACGACUCUUCAGGAACAAGUUCUUUGUCUGGGACUUCAUUGGAAAAGUCUACACCUAUUUCCAGAGCAUUGACAAUGAUGUGGAAGGUUCGCAGGACUCCGUGCAGGUGCGACAGUCACGGAAGUCGCUGUGCCGUCUGGUAGAGAAGAUCAACGCUCACUCCACCAGUAUGGGCAAGGACGAGAAGUUCAAACUACUGGUGUGUCUCGGAGCAAGAGACCAUCUCCUGGACCAGUGGAUCCCCCUCAUCGUGGCCACGCCCGUGACCCUCUCCAUGUACGAGGAGACGUCCUUCCUGCGGGACCAGGCGAUGGUCCAGUUCCUCGUCUCCAUCCUCCAGUCUCUCAAGGAGUUCAACAUCCUGCUGGAGUCAUCCAUCAUGAGUGGACUGGACGUCUGAAGAGAAAAACUUUUGAUUAGCAUGAAAGCCAUCUGUGCUGGUACUACUAAGCAGGGUUCUAGCCAGCAUUUGUCCAAAUUUUGCAGGUGGGGACAGACAAAAAUUUUGCCCAUUCCAAAAAUUGGCAUGUAAAGAUUCAAAUUGAACCAAGCUGAGUCUACCAGCAAAAUUUGCCCCUCAAAAUAAAGGAAAUAGCGUUUCAGAGAGUCUAGAUUUCAGAAUUUUCCUGGGGAGCAUAUCUGCAGACCCCCCUAGGAUCGACGCACCUUCAACAGGAUUUCCAUCCAAAAUCCAGGGGACAGAAAAAAUUAAAGCUGGCUAGAACACUGGUUGGAAGUUAACAGUUUAGUACAGAACUCAGAUUUUGUUCCAACACAAAAAAUUAGCUCGAUAUUUUGAGUUUCAUAUGGUAGUCUUCCUCAAAAUGUAAAACUUGGUGUACAGUUACCCGUGUAUAGGUCACACAAACAUGUUGUCAGCAAUUGGUCUAAAUUGGCAGGACAAAGGGUUGGCAAUGUCAGAUGACCUUGGUGAUUGGUCACUUGAAUUCUGAGGGACACUGUAGAAAGCUUACAAUGUUGGACAAUUGAAAAUUUGAUGCGCUGAUUUUUUAUGUCGGAGCAAAGUUUAACUUUGAGCUCUGUACUACUGGUGUGACUAUUGACAGAUUUUCAUCACUAAAAAAAGUCUGUAAAAUGCAGGAGACUGUGAAGUUUCUUGUCAUCAUCAAAGUAUUGUUUGACCCUUUAUAUCUCACUACUGGUGUAAUGAAUAUAUUCUACCAGAACUUGGUCUAAGAGGAUUAACUAGACUGGCAAGUCUCAGUGUAUAAGGAAGAAAAUCCCGUUCUCUGGGAUCAGUUCAAAAAGCAUACAAAUUACAAUGCCAUUUGACUGUAUUUCUUUCUUACCCUUGAUUUAUAGUGGUUCUUUUUAUUUCAAAAAGGGAAAUAUGUCUGAAAUUAUGAAGUGGGGUCAGGAAAUGUGUGGAAUGGGCAAUAAGAAAUCAGAAUAUAUGUACAGAGACAUUAAUAUGGCAAAUAUGGUAUUAAUUACAUGUAGAAUGUAUUAUUUCAACAUCCUGUAUUAGAUAAAAGAGACAUUAAGUCCAUUAUUUCUUGAAACCACAAAAGUGAGAAAUAGGAUCUAUGACUUAACUUACAAAAUUACAAAAUGCACGUCAUGAUGAUUUUUUAAUCCAUUAAGUGCAUAGUUUUAAUCUAUGACUAUGCCUUCAUGAAUACAAGGCAGAUACAAAACAUACACUGUAUGUCAUCAGAACAAUACAAAAUCUACUGUUCCACAAAUUUUGUUGGUAUUGUGUAUUGCUGUAAUUCUAAGCUUUCAGAUAUUAAUUGUGAUUAUUUGUGGCAGCUUUUAAUGAAAAUGUUAGUAGAUGGCAUUGCACUUACAGUAAAACCUUAGUUCUUUAACCUCAAAAUGUUAUUGAACAAAUUUUAAUUGUGUUCAGCUCUACCUGUAAUCUAUUUAGCCGGUAUAACUGCCAUUUGGCAUAACACACCAGCUUUGACAAUGAGAAGUUUUCCUUUGCGUAUUGAAACUUCUGAUUUGCAAGACAAGUGAGAAAAGGGUUAGAAUUUUUUUGAAAAUUUAAAUGACCAUUAUUUCUAUUCUUUCAUCUAAUGACUAUCUACCACUAAAUUUCCCCCAUAAAAACUAUUUUGAGGUUUAUGUAAGGUUUUACUGAGUUUAAAGUGAAGCAUAUCUUUGUUUUGUAUAGUAUCCAUGUAUAUCUUACAAAUAUUAGCUCUUCAGUGAAAUUACUUUAGUAGUUAAUGAUAUCAUAUUUGCCAAUGCAUGAUAUUUAAAAACUAAUGAUGGCAUCAGUUGUAAGUUUAUUUAUUUGUUGCAUGUUGUGUAAUAUUUAGUAGUCAUCAGUCUUUGUAGUAGUUGUGUUUUUGAAUGAUUGGAGCAUUCCAGUUUGGGGUUUGGUAAUUUGCCUUAUGGAGGGACUUAACCAAAUGUUGAUUUUGCUGCAAUGACCCCUAAGUGAAAAUGGUAUGAUCUGAAAAUUGUAAGAUCCCACACUAUGUUAGUCUGGGUUUGGGUUUGGAAGAGCCUAUUAGUACAUUUUGAUGUGAAUAUAAGGGGUGAUUUGACAUCAUAGGGUAGUUUGGAUUUGUGAAUUUGCUUGCCAAAUUUCUGCAAGUUCUGUUAGGAGUUGCUGCUAAAUGGUGUUUAGUGUAAAAAGAUAGACGUGCAAUGUAAGUAGCGGAUGAAAUUGGUUUGAUAUGACUGCUCAUUUUCAUUUGUUUCGAAGGUGUGUUGAACAUUUUCAAAUUUCACUUACUAUUAAACUAUUUGAUUUAGACUCCUUUAGUGCUGUUAAGCAACGGAUAGUUUUACUUGACUGUUUAAACUUGAAAAAUUCUUUUGGAGGUGUACAAACUUUUGAGAUGAGCCCUGACAUGCUUAAAAUGCAGGUACGCUCAUUUUAUUUGAAAAUGUAAAACAAAUCUAUUCUUGUUUUCUUCGUGUCUACAAAAGUUAAUGCCAUCAUACACAAAUAGUAAGGAAUGUUAAACAUGUCAAUAUUUAGAUGUUUUGGAUGUCUGGAAUUUUUUGUUCACACUGCACAGGAAUGUGAGAAAGGGAAUAAAGUCGUUUCACAUCACUUUGUAAACAUGAAGCCUUACUUGGGAAAAUUGUAGUAAUUCUAGCAUCACAUUGAUUCUAGAAGAGAUCUUGCUUUUGUGUGGUAGAAGAUUUUUAAUGGAAGAGGGUCAAGGAUGGUACAUACACGUUUAAGGAUAAGGUUUUUUCUGAUGUUGCCACCUGUGUCCAAACAGCUAUUGCAACAGUCACAGCUUACCUGUAUAUUCUUUACCACUUGUCAAAUACAAAAUAAACACUUAAAAAUUGUG